UCCGGCGCAACGUUUCGCAUCACGAUACAUUUUCCUCUUCCACAGAUCUCUUUGUUCUUUCGGAAUGAUUCUAUUAACAUCGAUCAAUAAAUAGUGUAAUGUGGAAACGAACAGUGCGCGGAGGUGGGGUUCGAGGCGGUGGUGGCGCGCUGCGUGCGCUGCGCGGGCGCGGCGGAGGGCGCGCGGGGGGCGGCGGCGGCGGCGGCGGCGCGGGCCCUGGCGGCCGCCGCGCCCGCGCUGGACGCGCUGCUGGACCGCCAGCGGCUGCUGGACCACCACGCGGCCGCCUUCGCGCUGCCCUGCCCGCUGCCCUACCACGGCGACAAGCCCGACAAGCAGGACGCGGACAUGCGCGCGCUGGUGGAGGGCGCGGGGGCGGACGCGGACGCGGCGGCGGACGCGGCGCUGGCGGAGCUGCGCGCGCGCCUGCAGCAGCUGGACGCGGCCGCGCGGCUGCUGCACGCCGAGUGCCAAGAGAGCGCCAAGACGCUGGACGCCGCCGAGGCCGAGCUCGUGCGGCAGGUAACGAACGCUGCGAACGUGCGGCGUGCGAGGGACGCCUCCGGUCGACUGGAGCUGUGAUCGUGAUUCGUUUCGGACAGAUGGAGGGCGGCGAGGAGCGCUGGGACGUGAGCGGCCUGUUCGGCCCCGGCGCCGUCCCCGGCAGCGGCGCGCUCGCCGCGCACGACGACGACACCGACGCGCGCCGGGACCAGGAGGACUACUAUCUGGCGAAGUUCCGCGCGUACGUGUCGUGCGCGGGGCGGCUGGCGCGCGUGGAGGCGCGGGCGGGGGCGGCGCGCGCGCGGCUGGGGGGCGCUGGUGGGGGCGGGGGCGGGGGCGCGGAGUGGCUGCCCCCGUCGCCCCCGCGGCGGGCGUGGGCGCGCGCGCGGCGGGGGCGGUUCGCGCCGCCGCUGGAGGAGCGGCUGCCGACGGUGCUGACGUCAUGCGUGCGCGUCAUCGCCACGUACGGCCUCAAGCACCAGGGCGUGUUCCGCGUCUCCGGCUCGCAGGCGAGUACAGUUAUCCGUUUUGUAGUCUUCGAUUUUAUUUCUCAUAUGCGCGUCGGCUUUCCCGAGGCGAUAUCGCAAAUAAAAGCGAACGCUUCAUCGAGCUUCAAUGAAAUUCGGAAAAUUGUGGAGAUGCAGGCGCUGCGCGCGGCUUUCGAGCGCGGCGAGGACCCGCUGUGUGGCGGCGGCAAGUGCCGGGGCGCGGCGGACGUGAACACGGUGUGCGGGCUGCUGAAGCUGUUCCUGCGCUCGGUGCGGCCGCCGCUGCUGCCGGCGCGCGCGCUGGCGGCGCUGCUGGCGCUGGCGCAGACGCCGGCGCCGGACGACGCGGCGUGCGUGCGCCGCCUGCGCCAGGCGCUGGCGCCGCUGCCCGCGCCCAACCUGCUCGUGCUGCGCUACCUGUUCGCCUUCCUCGCGCACCUGACCGAGUACAGCGAGUACAACAUGAUGGACGCGUGGAACCUCGCCAUCUGCCUGGGGCCCACGCUCCUGGCCGCGGGGGGCGAGGGGGGCCAGCAGGUGGCCACGCAGAACCAGCUCAACGAGCUCGUCAAGCGCAUGAUCCUCCACCACCGGGACGUGUUCCCGCAGGACAUCGCGCCCCACGCGCUCUACACCAGGCACGGCACGCACUACCCUCCCCCUGCCCCCUGCCCCUCCCCCCAUGUGAUCACAUUAUAUCCAUCGAUAAUAGUGUUCCCGACUGCGGAAGAAACUGAUGAAUUAGAUUCGAGAGACGAUCAAUCCCUCUGCGAUGACGAUGACGAUGAGGAGAUCAGCGAAGACGGAGAGAGCGGUGAAUGGCAGGAUUCCAAUUCUGCUGAAAACGGGUCAAUGCGGCAGCGCGGAGCGGCGGCCGUCCACCACACAGGUAGCGCUCCUAGAGACCUCCGUCUAACGAUACUACCGACACACGCACACUACACUACACUACACUACACUACACUACACUACACUACACUACACUACACUACACUAAACUACACUGCACCACAAUACCGUGCACGCAGAAACAGCCCAUAUCACUCGCGCCUGAUGCAGCUGCCUGUAGGUGAUAGAACAUUUAACAUCGGUCCAGUUAUUUUAGAGCCUAUUCAAUUCAAUGCCAGCAAACAGUCAGAAUCUUCAAAUCAAAUCAAAAUCUCUUAUACGCCAUGGAAACUCUAUGCCCUCGAUUCGUAA